AUGAAAGCUAAAAACCGGAAACGCACUAACGAUAACAACAAGUUUUCGUCUCAUGUUUCGCCCAAGAAGCAGAAGGCCAGUGACAAGGACUCUCGAGAGUCGAAUACACGAUCUAGUCGAACAAUUUCUCCCAGAAAUAAUACCGCAAUGCCGGAUAAGUUCGAUACGAGAUUGCUACCCAAGAUAGUGUGGGUGAUGUAUGAAACCGAAGGACUUUGGUGGCCUGGGGAGAUAAUAAACGAGGACAAGUCUGAAAUUCCUCUCAAAGUAAAAUGCUUCGUUGGGAUAAGACCAAACACAGUAGAAAUUUCCGAUCCAUCUUCAGAGUGCAUCGUCCCCUUUCAUCAUUCGUUAUCGUCCACAUUUUACGAAGAUGGAAUAAAGUCUAGUCGAAAAAAAGAAUUUUUAAGGGCUUUUGAACUGGCUCAAGAGAAAGAUGUCGAGGAUAACGAUGGAUUACCUAGCGCAGAUUGGGCAAUACAAACUGUGGCCUCUCCUAAGAAGCAGAAACUGCAAAGGAAAAAUAUAGGAAUGAAUGGAAGUAAGAACGACAAGCUUAUAGCGGUUGGACAAUCAAACGAUGACAAGAUGCAAGACGGUGAUGCUACCGAGAUAUCAAAGUUGGAUACGAGUUUGAAGAUACCGGGUGAACCGGUCUUGGCACAUUAUCGAAAGAAUAAAUUAUAUUAUCCAGCAAGAAUAGAUGAAUACAGAGAGCCGAAUAAAUAUCGAAUAACUUUCCUCGAUGGAUCACACAACACCUGCAGACGUGAUGAAUUCUACACAAAAUAUGAGAAAAAAUUCCAAACUUGUCCGCUAGGACUCUUCACAGUCGACGAAGAAGACCCUAACUACUACGAUUCAGAUCUCCAUAAAAUGGUCGAAGAACUUGCUCCCAUACUCUGUCGAGUGGCAUCAGGAAAUGAGAGUGUCGCUUGGAGAUACAAGAAUUUCAUUGAGGGGGGCAAGGCGCGUCAACGAUUAGCGUCAAGUGUUUCUCACGGUCCAUUCGCAUUGUCAGAAAUUGGAUUCAUAGCGAAAUUACUCCGUGCAAUGUUUGUUCCAGAGGUUGCAGCAUCAAUUGACGAAAAGAUAAACUCUGAGGACUUACCUUCGACUGUCACAGCACAAAUCGAUAAAAAUAGUCCGUUCCACGAAUUUUCGAACGAACUGAAAUUACGCUUCGUUCAUGAUGUCUUAGUACCAGAGACUAUAACGCGUUUGAUUAUGAAUCAUGAAGAAGUAAGCUAUGAGGAAGCUGAGCACAUGGUGGUUCAUGAAUAUGAAGACGUAGGAAGUAGUAAAGCGUUAUUUUCUAAUAUAGGAAUGGCUAGGGGUAAGCAGAAGGAACAAGCAAGAGAAAAAGCACAGAAACUAGCCGAGACAAGACAAGGUGGGAAGUCACAGCUGGCAGCGCGCGCGGCUGGACUUCAAUUGAAAUGUCCUGUUUGUAAAACACCAGCCGCCAAUUACAAGAUUAUUGUUAAACACAUGGAGAAAAGGAAAUGGGACCCGACAGGUGCGUUAUGCAUAUUCUCUACUGAAGAGCUAGCAAAAAAUGAGCAUAUCGGAACUCACUCAGUAUACUUACAAGUUGUUAACGAAUUUGCGGGUGACAGAAAGAGGACUCAAGCACGAAGGCGCCUCCCAGAUUAUUUCAAAUUCAGACCUACUCAAAAAAGUGGCCGCCGAGAAGUUAUAAAUUUCGUAGCGUUAGACAAGAAUAAGUCGGAAGAAACCAUCAAAGACUUAGCACAACGAAUUUUACGAGACAAACUUAGUUAA